AGCUCACCCGCCUCAGACCCGGAGCUCCGAGAUUCCGGGCUUCACCUACAGCACUCAUGCGACGAAGGGAACUUAUCAUCACAGUAAACUUGGAGCGGCACAGUUGAUGUAUCAAAAGCUAGUGAGCGCCUCGUCGUCAUAUAUAUUGUCGGGAGACCGGGAAGGUGGUCUCAUCUUCGUACGGCACCCGCACAGCGACCUCCAAUGACCUCCACAGCGCUCAGUGACGUGCCCAAGCUCUUCAAUGUGGAGGGCAUGAUAGCAGUAGUCACCGGAGGCGGGACGGGCAUCGGUUUGAUGAUCGCAACCUCAUUGGAAAACAACGGGGCGAUCGUCUAUAUUGUCGGGCGUCGAGCCGACGUCCUCGACAAAGCUGCCCAAGAACAUAGUAAACAUGGAAAUAUGAUACCACUUCAAGGAGACGUCACGUCUAAGGAAUCACUCAAGACCAUGGUGGACACCGUCAAAGCCAGACAUGGUUACAUCAACCUCCUGGUCAAUAACGCGGGUAUUCAGCUAGCGCAGCAGCCUAAACUGCCAACGCAAGCGCAGGCUAACGACGACAUCACGCCGCUGCAGACAAUUCUCUGGAACACCGAGACGCUCGACAGCUUCGGCAAAACAUUCGAGGUGAACGUCGCUGCCUUGUGGUUCUGCACCGUUGCCUUCCUCGAGCUUCUUCACGAAGGCAACAAGCGCAGUCUCGGCGACGGAGGUUCGGGCGUGAGCAGCCAGGUGCUGACGAUGAGUAGCCUUGCAAGCCUGCGGAAGGAGAGCUCUGUAUAUAGCCUCAGCUAUACCCUUAGCAAGGCUGCAGCAACCCACCUCGGAAAGCUCACUGCGCACUACUUCAAGGAUUGGAAGAUAAGGAGCAACGUAAUUUGUCCGGGCAUCUUUCCGUCAGAAAUGGUUGAUGCAGCGUUGACUGAUGAAGCCCGGAGAGCUGCUGAGGCCGCAACACCUGUAGGGCGUUUGGGCCUGCCCGAUGACAUGGCGGGGCUCACGCUCUUCCUUGCGAGUAAGGCUGGAUCUUAUAUAGAUGGAGCCGUCCUUUUGAUCGACGGAGGCAGGUUGUUGUCGAUGGCCUCCGUAUUCUGAGAUGUAUCAUACAGAAGUCUAUACAUGGCUCCACCACCGUGA